GUCGAUGCUGUGUGCAGACAGACGAGCUGCUAACAUGACGGAAAAAGGGCUCGUUUAUCUGAUCACCGGAGGCUGCGGCUUCCUCGGCAGCCAUCUGCUCAGGGUUCUGCUGGAGAAAGAGGAAGAACUGGUCGAGGUUCGGGUGUUUGACAAACACGUAGAUUUGGGUUUGAACGGACUCAGCACCGAGCGGACGAAAGUGGUCGUCAUUCGAGGUGACAUCACGGACUACAGCAGCGUGCUGGAAGCCGUCCGCGGAGCAGAUGUCGUCAUCCACGCCGCCAGCUUGGUCGACGUCUGGCACAAAGUCCCGGAAGACCUCAUCUACUCCGUCAACGUGACAGGAACGGAGAACGUGAUCAACGCGUGCGUGGAGUGUGGCGUCCAGAGGCUCGUCUACACCAGCAGCAUGGAGGUGAUCGGCCCGAACGUCAACGGAGAUCACUUUAAGAGAGGCAAUGAAGACACGCCGUACCUGGUGAAACACAACAUGGCUUAUCCUAAGAGCAAAUCAAAGGCAGAGAAACUGGUCCUGGAAGCUAACGGCAUMGAGGUGAAAGGUGGAAAAUCUUUGCACACCUGCUCUCUGAGGCCGACUGGGAUCUACGGCGAGGGCCACAUGCUGAUAAAGGAUUUCUACAAACAGGCUGUAGCCAGAGGAGGGCUGGUUAUCGGGGGUGUCCCGGAUCACAUCGAACACGGGAGGGUUUAUGCAGGUAAUGUUGCCUGGAUGCACGUCCUCGCAGCCCGAGCCCUCAGGGACGAGCCUCAGAGGGUCGGAGGCGAAGCCUUCUUCUGCUAYGACGAGUCGCCGUACAAAAGCUACGAGGACUUCAACAUGAGUCUGCUCUCCGCCUUCAGCUUCAGGAGGGUGUGCAUGCCCGCCGCCGUCCUCUGGUUCCUGGCCGUGGUCAACGACCUGCUGCGCUGGGUGCUCAGUCCCGUCUACAACCACACGCCGCUGCUGAACCGCUACACCCUGGCUGUGGCCAGCACCACCUUCACCGUCCAGACCGACAAAGCUCAGAGAUAUUUCCAGUACCGACCCCUCUACAGCUGGGACCAGUGUUUAGCUCGCACGCAGAAAUGGAUCGGCACGUUUCCUUCAGAGAACCCCAAAGACUCCUAACGUCCCCCGAAGCAGUUCAACGCACCUGACGCUGUGAUGCAGACGGGAUCUGAGAACCGCUAAAAACUGGGUUUGAUUUUUUUGAAGACAAUCCGUCCAGUGGUUCAGGAGAUAUUUCGCUAACAGAGGGGGCAGACGCUCACAGUGAAGUGUUUCAGUCUCUAUCACAGCAGCAGCUCUGUAUCUAUAAACUGGACAGAAUCUAACUUUACAUGGAGCUGAUUUGCAGUUUUCCUGCUUUGAAGAUUGAAUAUUUAUCAUAAAACCAAUAAGCACUUUUUUAUUUUCAUAUCUUCUUGAAACUAUGUGAUUUAGUCUAAUUUAAUAUUUUUACAUUAGUUCCCGGUAUCGCGCUCAGAACCACAGGAACCUUUACAAACGUUUAUUUAAAUAAAAGGGAAAUGUUGGCAAAAAUGGAUUUUUAAAAAAAAGAUAAUUUAAGCUUCGAGGGAGUCUGAGUGCUAUCAGUCAGACCUGUUACCACCACAGUUAUCAUAUAUACAAAUAUGAAUAAUAUAUAUAUGAGUGUGUAACAGUCUGUAUUUUAGUUAUGACAGAAGUGAAAUGUUAUACAAAAAUAUUAGUAUUUUACUAUAUUAUUUAUUUUGUCAGUAUAAUGUAAUUGUUUUUUGUCGUUUUUAAAUAAACAUAGCUUAAUUACUA